CCCGCGGGGAGAGGUCCGCCCGGCCGCUGAGAGGCGAUGGCGGAUAUAGACAAGCUCAAUAUCGACAGCAUCAUCCAACGGCUCCUGGAGGUAAGAGGAUCAAAACCUGGCAAAAAUGUCCAACUUCAAGAGAAUGAAAUCAGAGGACUGUGCUUGAAAUCCAGAGAAAUCUUUCUGAGUCAGCCUAUUCUACUAGAACUUGAAGCUCCACUGAAAAUAUGUGGUGACAUCCAUGGACAGUACUAUGACUUGCUUCGACUCUUUGAAUAUGGAGGUUUUCCACCAGAAAGCAACUACCUGUUCCUUGGAGAUUAUGUUGACAGAGGAAAACAGUCUUUAGAAACAAUUUGUCUUCUAUUGGCCUACAAAAUUAAAUACCCAGAGAAUUUUUUCCUGCUCAGAGGGAACCACGAAUGUGCCAGCAUCAAUAGAAUUUAUGGGUUUUAUGAUGAAUGUAAGAGAAGAUACAAUAUUAAGCUGUGGAAAACCUUCACAGACUGUUUUAACUGUUUACCCAUUGCAGCCAUUGUGGAUGAGAAAAUAUUCUGCUGUCAUGGGGGUUUGUCACCAGACCUUCAGUCAAUGGAGCAGAUAAGGAGAAUUAUGCGCCCCACUGAUGUACCAGAUCAAGGUCUGCUCUGUGAUCUCCUGUGGUCAGACCCUGACAAGGACGUCUUGGGAUGGGGUGAAAAUGACAGAGGAGUGUCCUUUACUUUUGGUGCUGAAGUGGUUGCAAAGUUUCUCCAUAAACAUGAUUUGGAUCUCAUAUGCAGAGCUCAUCAGGUUGUUGAAGAUGGAUAUGAGUUCUUUGCAAAGAGGCAGUUGGUAACUCUCUUCUCUGCCCCAAAUUACUGUGGAGAAUUCGAUAAUGCAGGUGCCAUGAUGAGUGUGGAUGAAACUCUAAUGUGCUCUUUCCAGAUUUUGAAACCUGCAGAGAAGAAGAAGCCCAAUUCCAGCAGACCCGUAACACCUCCCAGGGGUAUGAUCACAAAACAAGCGAAGAAAUAGUCACUCUGGCGCUGCCUUGUUGGGACUUGUACUAUAGUAUAUAACCUCCAUUUUUAAACUGUCAUGUGUACUGUUCAGCUUGCUCAAAAUAGGUAAAUGUGUUUGUGGUUUUCCUUUUGAUUCAAUGAAUGGCAUUUGCUGGUUGUAACAGCAAACGAAAGACUUUUCUCCCUCCCAGGAAAGAGAGUUUUAACGUCCCCUUCUGUUGGUGUCCCAGCUGUACACUCCACAGCAGCUUAUCCCGCCCUCAUGGGUAGUUGUGCAACUGACUCUCCAGGAGUAGUGGCAAUGCUUGUUUUCUUCUUUAGGAUCUAAAGAGGGCACUAGUGUGCUGUGAGAGUAGAGAUUUGUUACUGUCAGAAUGACAUACUGUUUAUACAGACCACU